AUGAGUCCCCUCAAGAGCAUGGCUAACGGUGGCUUCCUGCCUACAGUCAAUAAAAGCAGAAAGCCAAAGUUUGAGCUACACCUUAAGAUUUACGACCUGAAUAACGUCCCGCUGGUGUCCGGAACAUCAAUAGUAAAAUGGCACCUGUCCCACUCCAUCAACGCGGAACACCGCGGCCGCACUCCGAAAUGUUCCAUCUCCAACCACAAGGUCGAGUACAACUACUCAAAGGUCGUCAGCCACAUCCGCAUCAGCAUUGAUCGGAAUAACAACCUGACCGAAUGUCCCAUUGAGUUCGAGGUCACGCAGGAAUUCUCCGGCGGCGGCCAUGAUGAGAAAAUCUCGCUCGGAAAGGUCAACCUGAACCUCAGCGAGUACGUAGAGGAGAGCGACGGUCUGGCCCGUGAAAGUGCCAGCUUCGACCGCGGCCACUCGCGCAAGCGCAGCAGCGGCACUGCCAGUACAAGCCCUAAAUCCACCGCUCCUCCAAUCCUGGAUGAACCGGAUGCCGAGGAUGGCAUCGUCAGGCGCUACCUCAUGCAGGAGAGCAAAAUCAACAGCACGCUGAAGAUCGGAAUCCUCAUGAUCCAGCUCGACGGUGACAAGGGCUACUCUGCCCCGCCGCUGAGGACGGCUCCGGUCUUUGGAGGCAUAGCCGGUAUCAUGGCAGGCGACCAAGUUGAACAAGACGACGCAGGACAACUCCCGACAAUGGCCAAAUCUCGCGACGCCUCUGAGGUCCAAGACAUGUACCGUCGCGCCCUCGCAGCCUCCUGGUCCUGCCAGCCCGGCGAGCUCCCCGCGGACGAGUGCAUCGAGGACAUCUUCUCCGGCGGCGACGGCUGGCGCACCGGUAGGACCGGCCGCGGCGGCAAAACUGCAACAUUCGACCUGGACAACGGUGGCUCCCUGAGCUCCGACGAGGGCGGCAUGGGAGGCACGCUGCGUCCCUCGGACGUCCGCAAGAUGCAGCAAAAACAAGACCGCCAGUCCCAACAGCAGCAACAGCAGCAGUCAAAACACCACGACCACCACCACCUCAGCCUCCACCUCCACCAGAACGGCGGCGGGCAGCAACGGAACCACUCGCGCAGCAACAGCGGCUCCAGCGACCGCAGCUUCACGACGGUCCUCACUGCCCGCCAUAAUGACGGCGCGAGCAGCACGACCGCGCGCGGGUCUAGGAGUCGUCAGGGUCGCAGAGACCGGUCCCGCGAUGACGACAGACGGGGCGGCGGGCGGAGUGGGUACACGCGCUCGAGGAGCCGGAGCGGGAGCAUGGCCAGCUUGGCGCCAACUAUGGGAAGCAGCGAGCGCGGGCGCGAGGUGAGGAGGAAUCGGGAGCUGGAGGAGUUUGACAUCCGCGACGACCUCGUCGCGUGGAGACUCCCGGGCGCCGUUUCCUAG